AUGUCUGAAAACCGAAGUGCCCGGUACAAGUUUGGCGACAAGAAUGACAAGGAAGCUCGCCGAAAAGGACGCCAAGAGGAGGGAAUCAAGCUCCGCAAGAAUGCUCGGGAGGAGCAAAUGCUGAAACGCCGAAAUAUCUGCAUGGACGACGUCCACACCUCUCCUCUGAAGGAGAUUAACGUCCAAACUCGUCCCCAUGACCACCUUCCAAGCAUCGAGGAGAUCGUCAAGGGCCUCCAAGCUGCCGAUGAUGACGUUCUCUACGAGGCUACUCAAGGGGCCCGAAAAAUGCUUUCCCGUGAGCGCAACCCUCCCAUUGAUGAUAUCAUCGGGGCCGGAAUCCUCCCGACCUUGGUUAACUUUCUCCAGCGAGAUGAUAAUCGAAAGUUGCAAUUUGAAGCUGCCUGGGCGCUGACUAACAUCGCAUCCGGCGCGUCUCACCAGACCGCUGCUGUUGUGAGCCACGGCGCCGUGCCUUCCUUCGUGCGCCUUCUCCACUGCGCUGUACCGGAGGUCGUUGAGCAAGCUGUCUGGGCGCUUGGAAACAUCGCCGGAGAUGGAGCUCCCUUCCGUGACCAGGUUCUUGCUGCUGGCGUCAUCGAGCCCCUUGUCAAAAUCAUCGACAACACUCAAGCGUCCGUACCAUUUUUACAAAAUAUCUCCUGGACAAUGUCGAACUUAUGCAGAAACAAGAGUGGAGUCACUGUCCAAUUGAUUGAGAUGUUGAACGCUAUUCCGGACGUUCUUCUUCUCACCCCAGUUCUUCGAACUUUGGGUAACAUCGUCACUGGCACGGAUGUUCAGACCCAAACUAUGCUCGAGCAGGGUCUCCUCUCGCCGUUCCAGACCUUGCUGCGCCAUCACAAGCCCAACAUCGUCAAGGAGGCCUCAUGGACCUUGUCGAACAUUACGGCGGGAACCAGAGACCAGAUUGAGCAGAUCAUCUCGGCUGGGCUCCUUGAGGAGCUCAUCCGAGUUUUGGAAAACGGCGACUUCAAGGGAAAGAAGGAGGCUACUUGGGCAGUUACGAAUUUGACCUCCGGUGGUUCCGCCAUGCAAGUAUUCAAGCUUGUCGAACUCGGAGGUCUUAAGCCAUUGUGCGCAAUGCUCGGAUGCGCUGAUGGCAAAAUCGUUCAAGUGGUUCUUGAUGGCCUCACGAACAUGCUCAACAUGGCGGAUGCUAGCGGCAAAACUACCGAAAUGACGACAUGCAUUGAGGAAGCCGAUGCCAUUGAUAUGCUCGAAAAACUUCAGGAGCACGAAAAUGAGGACAUUUACAAGGCGGCGCUCAAUAUCGUGGAAACCUGGUUCAGUGAGGAGGAAGACCCACAGCCUGCAAGUGGCGAUGUUUAUUCUUUCCAGGCACCAAAAGAACAAGUUCCUGCAUUCUCAUUUUAA